AUGGUCUUCUCGAUAAAUUCCAUCGCCUGCGACCCACUUCCAUCUCGCGGCGCGGCGGGAAUUAACACGAAAGACGAGGUUACGUCAUCGGUGAGAUGCGCCCAGCGUGUGGCUGCUGAACGCCGAACCAAGAACCCUACAGCGACUCCAACACCGCACUUCACCUCCUCAUCAAUGUCCCCGCAAACACCCGCGCGCACGCUAAACGUUCUCGUCGCCCUAACCGACCCUUCUGCCUUCCGCUUUGGCUGCUCUAUCGUCGCGCGCCUGCAUCGCCUCCAGCAUGUCUCAUUGAAGAUCAUCGCAUGCAAGGACUUCCCGACCACGACCCAUACGACUGUCCCGCCCCAGCUCGAGCCCGUCUGGCACACGUAUGACCCUGAAAAGGACACGACGCCCGAGUGGCAACAUGCCGACUACCAAGAGACCAACGUUGCAGAGUACUGCUCAUGGGCCGACUUGCUGGUGCUGGCACCGCUAGAUGCCGAGAACCUCGCCCGCAUGCUUCACGGUUUCACAACGAACCUGCAUUUGAAGAUUUUACGCAGCUGGAAUGUGUCGAAGAAAAUAAUGCUUAUACCGGGAAUGUCCACGCUGAUGUGGGAGAACCCCAUGUCGAGGAAACAGAUCAGCAAGAUCCGCCGGAAGUGGAAUUGGAUUCGCGUCCUUCCUCCGUUCCUAUGGUCCUUUGACCAUUCAGGGCGAAAGUACCACCCAUGGGUAGACGGACACAAGGCGUUCAACGAAUCUAUACAAACCCAGAUCGAUCUCAUGGCAGUCGGUGAUCGCACCAUCGCAUUGCCUAUUGCCCACCUCCCCACACUGACACCUACGAGAAGCAAGGGACCCCGUCUCCCACCAGAGCUCUGGUCUAUCAUCCUGGAAUUCACCAAGGACUGGGAACUAGCGACUACCUUGAAUGUCCAUACAAACCUGCCCGUGCCGAAAGAGUGGCGACAGGCUACAAGCGAAGAAGGGCCCAAGACACAAAUGCAGAAGAUAGAAUGGGCGCUUCUCACAUAUCCGUAUUCUGAGAUUAAGGCUCUGUUCGACUCUGAGCAUCCCACGCGCAUCUCCCGUAUGUGCAUCGAACUUAUUAUGCGCUUUGCCAUGGUACCCGUUCUGAUGCAUCUAGAGAAGUUCCACAAGGAUCUCUUCUGGAGUACAUUUGGACACACAUUCCUUCCUCAUAAAGCCUCAGUGUUUGGAAAGACGGAGAUCCUUGAAUAUUGGAGAACAUCCCCUACCUUCCUCACCAAGGAGUAUUCUGCGGAAGCCAUUGACAAUGCAAGUCGCGCCAACUCUGUCCAAGCUCUCGACUGGUGGUAUAAUUCUGGCCUAUCGCUCAAAUACACAGAAGCUGCACUUGAACAAGCUAGCUCUCAGGGUCACAUUCACGUUCUCAAAUGGUGGAAAGAGCACAGCCGCCAUAGGACUGCCCCUUCAGUCCCUUCCUCUCCAGUCGAUGAACAGGCUCCUAACAAACCUCACCGAGAUGACCUGCCUCUCAAGGUCGGCAAGUCGAUAACUUACGCAACACAGUCAGGAUGUCUGCCCGCAAUUCACUUCUGGGUAGAAUCCGGCAUUCCCUUCUCGCACGAAGAUACAAUAGCCAAGGUUGCUUCAACCCAUGGUCACACACAUAUUCUAGACUACUGGCGCAAACUCCGCGGCGAAAAGAUUCUCUUCGACAACCAAGUUCUCGUCGGACCAACCAAGAUGGGCCAUGCCGAUGUACUUGAGUGGUGGAAGCGCAGCGGUCUGAAAGUGGAAUACAAAACAUGCGAUAUUGAAGAGGCAUUGGAGGAUGGUGUAGAGGGGGCACGGGGAGAUGCUGUAAGGAGGUGGUGGGCAUUGAACGGAUUAAAUCUUGGGGUUGGUACGAGCGAGUGGAUGAGGGUGAAGGUCCUAGCCCCACGACUCUCGCGCUUUCCUUUCAACGUCCUAUACUCGCCUCGGCCCACGCAGCAAUACGCUCGUCUCGAAGCUGCUACUUCGGAACACGUUUCGCAUUUCCUACACAACUCCACAAUGGCCGACAAGGAAUUCACCUACUCCGACGUCUCGGAGCACAACACCAAGAAGGACUUGUACAUUGUUGUUCACGACAAGGUCUACAACGCAUCAAGCUUCGUAGAUGAACACCCAGGUGGUGAGGAAGUUCUGCUCGAUGUCGGAGGCCAGGACUCAACAGAGGCAUUCGAGGAUGUCGGUCACUCAGACGAAGCCCGCGAAAUCCUUGAUGGUCUGCUCGUCGGAAACCUGAAGCGCCAGGUACGAAACCCCUAUACUUCUCUAUACUGUCCCAAUCCCUUCUCUAGACACACGGCUCCAUUCAGGACGUCUUUCUUGUACCGUGGGCCUCCGCAGGGCGUCGGCCGAGGGGAAUGGAAGUACCUCGGAACAAUUCCGCAGUCUGCGGACAAGAAACGCACCGAGGGUGACCCAAAGCCCAAGAGCUACGCACAGCCCGGUUCAACCGCCACCACCACCGACGGUGCCUCGACUGGUGUCGGCCUUUACGCCAUCAUCCUCCUCGGUGGUGCGCUCGCAUUCGCUGCCUACACCAUGAUGAACAAGCAGUCUGCUGAGUAA